GUUGGCCUCCAGUUGGUACUGUAUCUCCUGCACAGGGGAAUUUUUCUUCGCGUCCGGUCACUAUAGCGUCGUCACGACUUUGAUCGGUAGAAAGCGGCAUGUAGACGCUUCCCUCCUGGAUUUUUCUGCGAGCUCGAAAAUACCCCCCGCGGCUCAAAUCAAUCAAUCCCCUUCCUCACUACUGUAGCUCCUCACUCGAAUGUACUCCAGUGGCGAGAGUCGAGCCAGAAAUCUGCUUGCACGGGAGUGUGUACACAGCACUUCUCUUUCCUCCUGAGUGGUGGUAGAUCUCCAAGUUUCUCUUUUCCCCCUCCUUCUCUUCCUUGAGUCGUCCAAUUCUUUUUCGUUCGUGUCAGUUCAGGUGUGCGUUCUGAGAGCAACCAGCCAGCCUCCAAGUGUCUCGCACUGUUCCCUUUCCUGUUCAAUAGCCUCCUUUCCUUCAAAAUUUUUCCCCCUUUCUCCUGUGUGCUGUGUGUGAGUAUAUAUAUACUCGGCCUGCUCCUUAGCUCACGGAAGCUCUCGUCCUCAAUUAAGUACCACUGUCAUUUUUCCUCCUCAUCCUUCUCUGCCUGCUGCUUCUCGCUUUUAAUUUUCUUUUUUCUGUUCCUCCAGGACUGUGGUCCUGUGCCAUGGCGGCUGCUGCUGCUGCUGCUUGCUUCUCCUGUUUAGAUCUCCUCCAAGAGCUCCUCAUUGGCUGACAGUGCUCCCAGGUUUCACUGCUCUGGCUUCUUAACAACUGAUCUCCCGGCUUCCCCUUUGCUCGUUGUCCAUCCUCGAACGCAUCAUUGGUUUGUUGGCUUGCGCGCAGCUUUUCAUCUCAUCUCGGUAUACAGGAUCGCGGAUUCGAAACAGUUUGGUUGCAGUCGCGCCUCGAGCACACUAACUUUGUGUGCCAGGAUCCACUCCAACACCACCGUCUGUCUGUGGCUGUCUUGUCUGUGCGGCUGCAGUCUAGCGGUAGCUUGCGAAGCAAGAAACGUGGACAAAGAGAGAAUUGGUCUUGCAGCUUUGGUACUUGUCGAUCGGCAAUGAGCGGUCUAAUCCCUAUUCACGGAGGAGACGCGUCGCCUAUCGCUGGAAGUGGCAGCAGUAGAGCUUCCCCAUCGUCUGGAGAUGGAGGAGCCGGCGGCGGAGCAGCAGCAGCAGCAGGAGCUGGGGAGGGGUCGGCAACAGCACCACCAUCCAGGUAUGAAGCUCAGAAGCGGCGGGACUGGAACACCUUCGGCCAGUAUCUGAGGAACCACAGGCCCCCUCUCACUCUCCCUCGCUGCAGUGGAGCAAACGUCCUCGAGUUCCUGCGCUACCUGGACCAGUUUGGCAAGACCAAGAUCCACGCGCCGGCCUGUCCCUUCUUUGGCAUCGCCCAUCCACCAGCGCCUUGCGCCUGCCCGCUGCGUCAAGCCUGGGGAAGCCUGGACGCUCUUAUCGGCCGGCUCCGAGCAGCAUUCGAGGAGCACGGUGGCAAGCCGGAAUCCAAUCCGUUUGGAGCUCGCGCCGUCCGCCUCUACCUGCGAGAAGUUCGUGAGAUGCAGGCCAAAGCUCGCGGCAUCGCUUACGAGAAGAAGAAGCGCAAGCGUCUCGAGCAACAACACCGGGGCUGCAAACGCCGGCACCAGCAGCACCAGCAACAACAGCAGCAGCAGCAUCACCAACAACAGCUCCGGCAGCAGCUCCACUCCCACCUCGGCAUCGCCCACCGCGCAUCAUGCUCACGCUGUUCACGCUCAAGUCCAAGCCCAGGCUCACGCUCACGCUCACGCGCAAGCUCAAGCCCACGCCCAGCAACAGGCCGUCCACAACCUCCACCAGCAGCACCACGUCCUUCAGCAGUCCCUGCCUCUCAUCCAGCACCAGCAGCUCCAACACCAUCACCCUCAGCAGCAAUUCCUUCCUCAGGGACUUCAGCCUGGUGCCAACUGCUUGCAGAUCCACAACUGAGAAGAGGAAGAGAUAGCUGGCUUUUCUCGUGAUUGUCCAAUACAUUCGAUUCCGGAUUAUCUCGAGAAAGAUCACUCUGCCAGUACGAGUUCCUGCACUUCCAGAAGCAGCACCUGCACCAGCAGCGCUACGAGAUGUGCAGGAGGUACACAAUAUACAUAUACAUAACUACGCAUGGUCAGUCUCGUAAAGUUCCUUCCAGUGUGAGUUCUUUCCGCUCCGAUCUCUAGCUAGAUGCUGUAAUUAGCUUCAAAGAGGAUGAAGACUUGUACUGCAAGUUCGUCCGAGUUUGAUAGCUAGUAAAUUUUCAAUCACUCUUUUGAAAUUCCUGCAAAAAA